CUGACACCGCGCGCAGCGUCACCAUGCGGCGGUCGCGUAUUUAAUUAAAUCACACGGGGAUCGCGGAACGUGCGCAUGGCGAGUGCUCCCGUGGAUGUCGCGAAACGGACGCGGCUGCAUUAAAUCGGAACCAGAAGGAUGAUCUACGGCGCGUUUGCUGCAUCACCAGCGAGUGUUGCGUCGUAGUGCGUUGAGUGCGCCACCAUGGUCGACCGGGACUACGGCGAUGAGGCGCGCGAGGCCGAGGAGCACGGCGACGAGAGCUUCGCCGCCGUCGCUGAUCGCGCGUUGCGCAUCAUCUUCGCCGAGGAGCGGCACGUUGAGGCGAUCACUGGCAUGAAGGACAUGACCGAGAAGUGGCGGAUGACCGAACGGAUGAAGACCGUCAGUGUUGCGCUCGUGCUCUGUCUGAACGUCGGCGUUGAUCCACCAGAUAUCGUCAAAACGCAGCCGUGUGCCCGCUUGGAGUGCUGGAUUGAUCCACUUUGUUUGUCACCAUCGAAAGCUUUAGAAACAAUCGGUAGCAAUCUUCAAAAGCAAUACGAACGCUGGCAGCCACGCGCUCGCUAUAAGCAGUCACUAGAUCCUACCUCUGAAGAAGUGAAAAAGCUCUGCACAUCGCUGCGCCGCAACGCAAAAGAGGAACGCGUCCUUUUUCACUACAAUGGACACGGCGUACCGAAACCUACUGACAAUGGUGAAAUUUGGGUCUUUAAUCGGACUUACACGCAGUACAUACCACUAAGCAUAUAUGAUUUACAAACGUGGAUGGGUGCGCCCUCUAUUUACGUCUACGAUUGCUCGAACGCCGGCAUUAUUGUACACUGGUUCAAACAGUUCGCGGAUCAACACACGCGCGAACACGAGCAAGAGCGCAAUCCUACCUCGGCGCCCUCGUUCCAGAAUUGUAUUCAGCUCGCCGCCUGCGAUGUGGGGCAAGUCCUGCCUAUGAAUCCUGAUCUUCCGGCGGAUCUCUUCACCGCUUGCCUCACUACACCGAUUAAAGUCGCUUUGCGAUGGUUUGUCAUGCAAUCUACGAGUAAACUAGUGCCUAAAGUAACAAUGGAUUUAAUAGACAAAAUUCCAGGUCAAAUCGCCGAUCGUAGAACGAUGAUCGGUGAAUUGAACUUUAUUUUCACCGCAAUCACGGACACCAUUGCUUGGAAUACGCUCCCUCGUGAGCGUUUUCAGAAGCUCUUCCGUCAAGAUUUGCUUGUGGCGUCGCUGUUUCGUAACUUUUUGUUAGCCGAACGCAUUUUGCGGUCGUGUGACUGUACGCCGGUGUCAAGCCCUGCGCUGCCUCCGACUUAUCAACAUCCAAUGUGGCAAGCGUGGGAUUUGGCACUAGAUUUAUCCCUAGGUCAACUACCAGGCAUUCUGGAGAAUGGUAAUAAGUUUGUACAUUUACCAUUCUUCGAGGAGCAGCUGACGGCGUUUCAAGUGUGGCUGGAUCUUGGUUCGGAGGAGCGUAAUCCUCCCGAGCAGUUACCAAUUGUACUGCAGGUAUUACUCACGCAAGUACAUCGCAUGCGCGCGUUGGAGCUGCUCGGGCGGUUUCUUGAUCUCGGACCAUGGGCGGUGAAUCUAGCGUUGAGUGUGGGGAUAUUUCCGUAUGUAUUGAAACUGUUACAAAGCUGUGCGAAAGAGUUACGACCAUUAUUGGUGUUCAUUUGGGCGAAAAUUCUCGCUGUCGACCAUACAUGUCAAGCGGAUUUGGUACGUGAUAAAGGCCACACGUACUUUUUGCAAGUUUUGCAGGAUUCUUCAAUAUCAUCGGAUGACAGAACUCUGGCUGCAUUUGUGUUGGCGUGCAUUGUGAAAAACUUCAAGGAUGGCCAGGAAGCGGCAUCUAAAGGUGCACUAGUGUCGAUUUGUCUCGAACAAUUGGACGAUAAUUCAUCAAAACUCCGUCAGUGGGUCGCUAUUUGUCUCGGACGUCUUUGGGAUAACUUUGACAAAGCGCGAUGGACUGGUGUGCGUGAUUCAGCUCACGAAAAACUCUACACACUUCUACAAGAUCCCUGUCCAGAGGUUCGAGCGUCAGCUGUGUUCGCUCUGGGAACAUUCAUAAAUUCCGUGCAAACAAUGACCGAGCACUCGAAAGUAAUCGACCACAGUGUAGUAAUGACACUGGUAAACAACGUCGGGAACGAUAUGAGCCCGCUGGUGCGCAAAGAACUCGUAGUGGCGAUACAAUGGUUUAUUCUGGCGUUCGAGCGCUCAUUUCUAAGCGUUGCAGCGCACGAGGCUAGCAAAGACGACAGCAAUACACCGCCACAUAGCGGUGUUGACCUGCCACGCACCGGCAGUCGGUUAUUCGGUGAAUGGUCGCACCGCGAUGACCGCAUAAAAAGGGUUAACUCCAGUUCGUCGAUUAGCACAAUCGCCUAUCCGAUUAUUUUCAACCACCUUAGCCCGAUGAUGCCCAGCCAUGGCUAUGGUAGUCUGGGCGCGCUAUCGGGCACAGUCUAUCUGAAAGUAUGGAACGCGCUGGCCACGUUGGACAACGACCCUUUCCCGGAGGUGUCCGUCAUGGCCGGCGUGGUCAUCACGCACAUCCGCUCUCAGCUCAAGAAGGACUCGGGCGAUGUGCGGCUUAGUUCCAGCAUCAGCCUACCGCCGAGCCCAAAUCGCGCGUCCUUCUUGAGCGAGAGUCCGCCCAGCAACGACUCGCCACGGUUGAAGCUGCAGAAGAAGGGCCAGUGUCUUACCAUCAACGAAGAGGCCAAGCCGCGUGCGCCGCUGGUUUGUACACAAUUCAUCGAGUGGGCGUGCAAGGGAUUUGCGCAGCCGGUUAAAAAGACCAAAAACGGCGAUGUUGAAUCUGAGGAUUAUUAUAUGAGAGAAUGGCGGUAUACAAGAAAUGCUGAGCGGAGAUCGGAAGCCAAAGAAGAACAAGUGCGGGCGUCAAUGUCACGUCUUGAAUCGCAAGUGUUUAACACCCGAACGCAGGUGCCGCCGACAAUAGUACAAUUUCAUCCCUACGAACACCAGAUUGUCGUUGUGGGUAAGGAGACUUUCGGCGUAUGGGAUUGGAGCACCGGCGCGAAACUCUACCAAUCACGAAAGGCCGUGUUUUCCAAGAUGUCGCAAAUCACGAGUAUGGAUUGGGUGAAUCCGCAAGAUGUCGCGCUUUUUAUGACUGGUUCGGACGACGGCACUGUUUCCAUCUACAAACCUUCAAAUAACAAUUUGAAACUUGUCACCGCAUGGCAGGCGCAUAGCGAUUUGUCGCUAGGGAAUAAACUCAACAAUCCAGAGGUGUCUAGUGGUUUGAGAUUAACUUGGGAACAGUACACGCAAUCAGUGAUAACCACAGGCGACACACGAGUGCUGCGUUUCUGGGACGCCGAGCGCGAAUUGAAACUGUUCGACUUGCCGACAGGCGCGGAUUGUUCGGUGACAAGUCUCGACUCAACCUACUCAUGCGUAGGUCACGAGCAGGAACCAUACAUGCCACCCUAUCAGGGCUGCGAUGGACUAGUGAUGAAUAGCAUUGAUGCGCAAUCAACGCGUCCAACUCAUCGUGGACUAGUCGUCGCCGGCUGCGCGGAUGGCAGUAUACGCGUCUUUGACCGCCGCUGCUCACCAGCGGACUCACGCAUUAAAACCUGGAUUGACCAUUCGUCGCCAGUCAUCGGCGUACAACUACGCGGCAAUAGCGUAGUCAGCGGUGGCUCCGCCGGCGAUAUAAAAAUCUACGAUUUGCGGAAAAACUCGGCGGUUUGUCCGAUUUCCAGUGCGCCGACGCCGAUGAUUGCAAUGGCGGUGCAUCGGAAAGCAGAUACAAUCGCAUGUGGUUAUGCGAAUCAAACGAUUGGGAUCUACAAUCUUCUUGGACAGCCACUGAACGUGAUACGAUUUUAUGAGGGCUUCAUGGGUUACCGCAUUGGACAAGUAGCGUGCCUAGGCUACCAUCCUUACAAGGUGGCGCUGGCGACAGGCAUGAACGACUGUUCAAUUAGCGUCUACUGCUUGGAUAAUCGCAGAUGACACCUAGAACUAUUUAGAUACUAACAAUAAUCCGCGGCAGGUAAUCACACGCAUACGAAAACGAUCAAAUAAUGAAGAUUGCAAUGCUUGCGCGCCGAAAUCACCACAACUAGUUUAACGCAUACAUUUAUUUUACCAGUUAAAUAAUGAGGGGGAUUUUUAAUUUGUGCGAGGUUGGUUUUUCUACACGCCACGAACGUAUGAUGUAUAUUUUUAAAGAGAUAUUUAUUGUACAUACAGUGAUCGAUAAGUAAUUCUUCGCAAAAUCAUUGAUCAACAUGUUAUAUACUUUUAUAGUUUAUUCUAAUCGCCGCGAUUCUAUUCACAUAUUAUACGCUUGUAUUUAAUUCGUAAAUAAUUCAUUCGCUUUGCAAUCGUAUAUUGCAUUUAUUUACACCGCGCUAAUUAUAUUUAAAUGAUGAUGAUGAUUUCUUUGAUUGACAGCUUGAGAUAUACAUAUUUAAUUUACACUUCUUUUUUUUUAUUAUUUACACAUGGCUGUUUAUUGAUGAUGAUCGCGAGUGUUACUGUUGAGACGAUUAUCACGCAAAUUAAGUAAUUUCGAUUUCAUCACGAUUAAUUGACUAUCAAAUAAUUCAUAAAUGAAGAUAAUAUAUUUAGUUAUUAAGGAUAACGAUGACACGCUGAUGUUAGAAACAAUAACCGGACAACACACAAUGCGCAUGCGCGCGCGCGCGACAAGACGAAGCAAUAAUAAAUUCCAUACGGAUUCACGCACGUUUACAUUGUGGUGGUGUGUUUUUGUGGGAGUUACGCACAACAAUAAUUGAUUACACACACACCUACACACCUUUUGCUUGCGCCACUGUAUAGAAUAAUAAUGUAUUUUUGUAUAAGUAUGCACUACUACAACCGUUCAUUGUUUUUGAUUUCGUCAUCUCGAAAGGGUCGAUAGCGUAGCGUAGCUCAUACAUUGCACUUGUUAGAGUCGAUUGUGCCAUAUAUAUCCACAUAUUUACACAUUUUAUUUGAUUGUUUUCUUUUUAUUUGUUUUGUUGUUGAUUACUUGGGCUGGGGGCGAAAAUUUUUCAAAUAAUUGCGUACGUCUGAUUGACCCGAACGGGCUUCGUCGCUUUGUUAUUAUACAUUAAGUAUAAAUUUUGAUGGAAAUGUUUGGAUGCGGAACGAAAUCGGUAGGGAGUAGCUACGAUGUAAGAACUAGUUAAGGGAAACCAUGUUGUUAUACUGAUAAAAAUAAGAAGUAUGUAUAAUAAUCACACCAGACACACAUUCAAAUUAAUUAAUGUACUAUUUUUAUCGACAUUUUAAUUAUAUGCGGUUUUUAAAAUUA